UCGGUGGAGCGCGCCGCCCGUCACCGUUCCGACUCAGGGAGCGCAGCCGCGCCCCCGCCGCUGCUGUGGUGCGUCACGCGCUCGAAGAUGUCUCCAGAGGCGGCACGGGCGGCGGUCGACGCCGUGUUCGGCCUGUUCGCGAGCGGUGGCAGCGCUGACUACAUUGGCGAACCGGUCUCCCAGGAGCAGCACGCGCUUCAGGCGGCCGAAGCGGCCCGGUGCUGUGGUGCCUCCGACGAGGUGGUGCUGGCGGCGCUUCUGCACGAUAUCGGCCAUCUGUUUGGCCAAUCCGAGGGCGCCGAGCGGAUGAUCACCGGUGAUGUCAUUCUCGGCGUGGCCAAUCAUGAGAGGGUCGGCGCCCAGUUUCUUCGUGCGCAGGGUUUUCCGGAGCGAGUGGCAUGCCUGGUGGAAAACCACGUGCAGGCCAAACGCUAUCUCACUUUUAAAAACAAGGCUUAUUAUGACAAGCUGUCGUCAGCCAGCAGGGGCACGCUGGCUCACCAGGGAGGCCCGAUGACCGCCGAGGAGGCCCUUCUCUUCGAGGACUCACCGGACUUCCAGACCAUACUGCGCAUGCGGACUUGGGACGAGGCGGCCAAACGUCCCGACGCGCAAACAACGCCGCUGGGCUUUUACAAAGACCUGUGCCUCAGCGUUCUCCUCCGAAACUGAGCUGGUGCACAGGGGGCGCCGGAGACGUUCUGUGUGAACUAGUGAGAGCCGCAGCUGUUAGCGCACACGAAGCCGGAUAAUCGCGGCUGUCAGCUCUGACUAGUGGAACCCGGAGGCAGAGUAGUGAGGAAUGAUCGCCGUAUGCUCUGACUUCGGUGCAAACAGAGGAACGAGGUCAGCCGCGAGCUCUGCUCGGUGCUCAAGCUCUGCUCAGUGUUCAAGCUGUGCUCGGCGUUCAAGCCGUGCUCCCACAGAGAAAUCUCGCUGGAUCACUACCGGUAGCAACAUGUCUUGUCUCAAGAACGAGAAACAACCAAACGAACAAGGGGAAUCUCCCGCGUGAACUUUUGGUUUCGAGAGACACACAUCUGUCUCAUAUACGACCUUGCGUGUGUCGCUGAGACACUCAACACCACGAUCAAAAUUUGCCUGAUCCCAAAUUGUCGACACUCAAGUUCACGGUGGUGGUGUCUGCUAAGCUCAUCCCGCGUGACAUUCACCACUGCACUUCUCGUAUGACGUUCACCACUGCACUUCUCUUGUGACAUUCACCAGUGCACCUCUCGUGUGACACAUGUGUGUAAAAUAGACAUUGUGAAUAAACUUGCGCAGA